GUAUUCGAUUCCCCCCGCCGCACGUGUUGACAGUCUCUCUUACGUCCGCCAUAUUUUUAGCCGCUUAGCUGCAACGUCUGCAGUUUUCCUGAUGUCCAGUUGCACCGAUUCUGAGGACCCCCCUGCCAAGAAACCGCGAUUAGAGUCGUGUGUAGGAGAAAAAGCAUCGUCCAACUCAGUGGAGAUAUUGUUUAUGGGCCCAAAGGUUACCAAGGCUUCAUCGACUAUGGCGCAAAAUGGGGCAGAAGAAAAGGGAGACAUUGAUGAAAGUCUGUAUUCCAGACAGUUGUAUGUACUGGGACAUGAUGCCAUGCAAAGGAUGGCAAAAUCCAACAUCCUUAUCUGUGGGAUGAAAGGUCUGGGUAUUGAGGUGGCCAAAAACGUCGUCCUAGGUGGAGUCAAGUCUGUCACUAUUCAGGACACACAGAAUGCUUCGUGGAUGGAUUUGAGUUCACAGUUUUUCCUGCGUGAGGCUGAUGUGGGAAAGAACCGCGCUGUUGUAUCUCUCCCUCGUCUUGCUGAGUUGAAUACCUAUGUUCCAGUUUCAUGUCAUACUGCAGAGCUUACAGAGGACUUUAUCAAGAAAUUUCAGGUCGUUGUGCUGACUAACUCUGACUUUGAGGAACAGGUGAAAAUUGGAGAGAUGUGCCAUGCUAAUAAAGUACAUUUCAUAGCUGCAGAAUCUAGGGGCUUGUUUGGGAAGAUUUUCUGUGACUUUGGUGAGAAAUUUACUGUGUAUGACACUGAUGGAGAGCAGCCAAUCAGUAACAUGGUAGCAUCCAUCACCACGGAUACUGAUGGCGUGGUUACCUGUCUGGAUGAGGCACGACAUGGAUACUCUGAUGGAGACUUUGUUACCUUUUCUGAGAUCAAGGGAAUGUCACAGCUCAAUGGAUGCACGCCAAGAAAAAUAAAAGUUUUAGGACCCUUCACAUUCAGCAUUGGAGAUACAUCUGGAUUUUCUAACUAUGUUCGAGGAGGUGUGGCCACCCAAGUCAAGAUGCCACAGACAGUUACAUUUAAAUCCAUUUCGGAAUCUUUAAAAGCUCCAGAAUGUGUGAUCACCGAUUUUGGCAAAUUUGAUCGUCCAGCACAGUUACACAUAGCAUUUCAAGCACUGAGCGAGUUCAAUAAGAAAAAGGGAUGUCUACCAAAGAGCAGAUGCAAGGCUGAUGCUGAGGAGUUCGUUGCCAUGGUAAAGGAAAUCAACAGUAAAUCGGAAGCUAAGGUAGAUGAGUUUGAUGUUGAUGUGUUGCGAGAGUUAGCCUACACGGCCCGUGGUGAUAUCUGUCCUGUGGCCGCCGUUAUUGGAGGGAUGACAGCCCAGGAAGUGAUGAAGGCCUGCUCUGGUAAAUUUAACCCUAUAUUCCAGUAUGUGUAUUUUGAUGCACUGGAGUGUCUGCCUGCUGACAAGGACACUGCUCUCACCGAGGAGUCCUGUGCACCAGUGAAUGGUCGAUACGAUGGACAGGUGGCUGUGUUUGGAAAGGAAUUCCAGAAGAAAAUGGGCUCAUUAAAUUACUUUUUGGUUGGGGCAGGAGCCAUUGGCUGUGAAAUGCUGAAGAAUUGGGCGUUGAUGGGUCUGGGUGCAGGAGAGGGUGGACAAGUGACUGUCACAGACAUGGACAUCAUUGAGAAGUCUAACCUUAACAGGCAGUUUUUGUUCCGAUCCAAGGAUAUACAAAAACCUAAGUCAUCAACAGCUGCUAAUGCUGCCAAGGAAAUGAAUCCAAACUUUAAUAUCACAUCACAUGAGAACCGAGUGGGAGCAGACACAGAAAACAUCUACACUGAUGACUUCUUUGAGAAGCUGGACGGUGUUGCUAAUGCUCUAGACAACAUUGAUGCUAGAAUGUACAUGGACAGACGGUGUGUGUAUUACUGUAAAUCUCUACUGGAGUCAGGCACUCUAGGAACAAAGGGAAAUGUACAGGUUGUGAUUCCCCAUGUGACAGAGUCCUACUCCUCGUCACAAGAUCCCCCAGAGAAGUCCAUACCCACUUGUACCCUUAAAAACUUUCCUAACGCCAUAGAACAUACAUUACAGUGGGCACGAUACCAGUUUGAAGGGGUUUUCACUCAGCCAGCAGAGGUAGCGCUUCAGUUCAUCAAUGACCCAAAGUUCAUGGAAAGGACGCUGAAGCUACAAGGCACACAAUGUGUUGAGGCAAUUGAAUCCGUGUACAAAGCUCUGAUUACCGAACGACCCAGCAAUUUCCAGGAAUGUGUGUCAUUUGCACGCACCUCUUUCCAGUCAAACUACCACAAUGACAUCAGUCAACUGCUGUUUAACUUCCCCCCAGAUCAGUUGACAAGUUCAGGAGCACCAUUUUGGUCAGGUCCUAAGAGAUGCCCACAUCCACUGAAUUUUGAUACAGAAAACGUGGUACACAUGGACUAUGUAUGUUCUGCCGCCAACUUGCGAGCAGAGAUGUAUGGCAUCAAGCAAGUAAGAGACAGGGAUGCAAUUAAGAAAAUGGUCUCUGAAGUUGUAGUGCCUGAAUUCAAACCACGAUCAGGAGUGAAAAUCGAGACGACUGAGGCUGAGGUGGAGGCUAGCCGAGGUGGAGGGAACUCGGAUCUUGACCUGGUGGAUCAUUGCCAGAAGGAACUGGGCUCCCCAAACAAGUGGAAGGAUAGCAAACUUGUACCCAUAGAGUUUGAGAAGGAUGAUGAUACCAAUUUCCACAUGGACUUCAUAGUAGCAUGUUCGAAUCUUAGAGCUGAGAACUAUGACAUCACACCAGCAGACAGACACAAGAGUAAACUGAUCGCUGGGAAGAUCAUCCCGGCCAUUGCUACAACCACAGCUCUAGUGGUUGGCCUGGUUGGGAUUGAACUCAUCAAGCUUGCCCAAGGUCAUAAGAAAAUAGAACUCUACAAGAAUGGAUUUGUGAAUCUGGCACUACCGUUCUUCGCUUUCUCCGAACCACUUUUGGCUCCAGUAAACAAGUACUACGACAAAGAAUUCACUCUUUGGGAUCGAUUCGAGAUUCAGGGCGAGAUGACACUGCAAGAAUUUUUGGACUAUUUUAAAAAUGACCUGAACCUGGAGAUCACCAUGCUGUCUCAGGGUGUGUCCAUGCUGUACUCCUUUUUCAUGUCCCCUGCUAAACGAGCAGAACGAUUGAAAAUGCCAAUGUCGGAGGUGGUGAAACAAGUGUCCAAGAAGAAGAUUCCUUCCUAUGUGAAGGCACUGGUGUUAGAACUGUGUUGUAACGAUACAGAGGGUGAAGACGUAGAGGUGCCCUAUGUGCAGUAUAGGCUUCCCUAGUGUACAACACAAUAUUCAGUUUAACUGGACUGUGAAGGAUUAGCACUGUUGAUGCUUGGCUGGUGUAGUGCAUAAUACUUGUCGCAAUGAGUUUCCACCGACACGGGAGAGGGAUCACCUCCCAUUUUGGGAGUUUUCUGGCAGUGUAUCUUAUUAAUUUAUUUCCCAAAGACUGUACAAAGCAGCUAUAUUCUGUGAAAUUUUACAAAAGAGUGCUUAUUCCUUUGUACUAAACUUUAUUGACAAGAUUUACAUAUUAGACGUAGAGUUUGAGUUUAGAUGGGUUUCAUGUUCCUGAAAGGUUCUCAAAAAUAUUACUAAAUGUGGUGUAAAAACUGUACAAUACAUAUUCUGUAGGAUAUCUCAAUAAUGAAGUGUGAAAUUUCAUACCAGACCAACCUCAUUUAACUUCAUUGUAGUCACAGCACUUUUCAUGUUAUAAUCAACAUAAUUAAUAUCAAUCAUGUAUUGGGUUAUAUUGUUGCCUCUUGUAUUUCCCUUGUUUAUAGUAUCAAGAUCAAAUCAUUAUCAAAAGUGCUGCAAAAUGUCAUAUUUUUUUUGUUCUUGUUUUUAUGUUUAAGACAAUGUUUUCUGUAUUAAUUAUAUUCUGAUGUAAAUUAUCAAUGGAAAACUGAUUAAAAACAUAUGUCACAAAAA